AUGGAACUAUGGCGAGAGCGUGGCUUCGUUCCAGACUCGGAUGAAGAAGACGAUUUCGAGAGUCAGCAAAGCAAUAAAUUGAGUGAAAAGAACGGAAAUACGUCGACGCUUGGCAUACGUGGAGAAGAUGAAAUCGGGAACGAGAGUGCUCAUGGAAACCACAGAGAUCGGGUGCAAGAUGGCCAGGUUAUUUCCCCAGCAUCGGGCAACGAACUUCCUGAACGGCAGCCAACGAAGAGGUUGGGUGAAGAGGCCGGAAAGAUAGUGGAUUCGGAUACACAUAGAGAUGAACUCAUCACGAAGGACCUGAAUCCCGCAGGAGAUCAAGACCAAGAACAAAAGGAAGAGAGCCCUGAAUCUCAUGUCGGCCCUGACGGGUUUGGUAAUGCAUUCUAUGCAGGGGAUGAGCUAGACGAAGACCCGCUCCAAUGUGAUGAUGGCUUGAAUAAGUUUGCCUCAAGAAUUGAACUGCCCAGCACCACCACUGGGAACACUACGCCUUCAUCGGAUGUCAUUCGCCGUUUAUCCUCAAGCACAGACCGGAGUUCCUCGCCUGAUGAGCUACAAUUCGAUGAGCAUUUUCCACCACGCACCCCAGCUACAAAAGACACACAAUCCAACAACCUGAAAGGGGAUGGAGGGGAUGAUAGCGAAGAUUCAUCGUUAUCGCCAGCUCCGUCGAAUCCACAGACUCCGCCGUCUUUUCGAAAUCAAGGCGGAGGGAGAACGUUAAGGGGCCGGAAAUUCAUCAACCUCCACCCCUACCUGGCGGACCAGGUGGAGUACCAGAGAUGGUGUGCAAAUAACAAUAUACGCCCGGUCCGUAUUGCACCUGCAGACCGUGAUUCUAAUCCUCAAGAUGAAUCACAAGGCCAGGAAUAUGUGGAUGAAAAUGGGCCUCCAUCGAGUAGCCCGGCUGCGCCGUUCCGAUUCCCACCCGGAUCUCCGUCUGCUGGAUCCAAACGAAAGAAAUUAACGCAACCUGCACGACCACUUCGAGAAUCCCCCCAGACUGGCAACUCCAGGAAUGGCCCUAUGCAUUGGCGAUCUGCAAAAUCACAGCAGCUUUCUACAAUAGAUGGACAAGACUCUGCCCGUAAGCGCAGAAAAAUAAUGCGCACAUACGGGAACGCGCCGGGAAAUGAGUCCGAGGAGACCAGAAAACACCAGAUACAGGUCGUCGUUGACAAUAGAGCGAUGGAAACUCCACCCCUUGAAACCGAGGGUAUCUUCGAUGUUCCCUUGUCAUCUCCUUCGUUUGGGCGGACAUCGCCGAAUAAUAGGCUUCAGAAACCAGCCAUAUUCCGAUUCCCUCGUGGAUACAGUCUUUCUCCGCCACGAAGUCCGAUUUUACAUAAACCACAAAACCCUCAAAAUUCGGAUGCUAUAUUGGCAGAUGAUUCACUAGACGUUAAUUUUGAGACUCAUCCGAAAAUAAGCGGGAACUCAAACUCACAAUCACAACCACCCCUAUCGACGGAAGAGGUUGAGGUGGAGCAAAUCCACCCACCAGAAGAAACGGAAGACCUAGAAGAAUCAGAAUAUCAUGCGGCUCUUGAAAUCCAGAGGCUUAGGAGGAGGAUCAAAGGGGUGCUUCCCGCCUCGUGGCCACGACUUGACCUCAAGCAGCAACAAGAGAGGGAGAAGGCAGCGGCUGAGAAGGCAAGACUUAGUUACUUACGCAAUCGUCGCCAAAACGGUAAAGGAGUAGCCCGGAGAAUAACCAGAGAUAGGAGCGAUAGCCAUAAUCAAGGAAUGCGGCCGAAAGCUCUCCUCAUCUCUGAUGAGUCAACUUCGGAUGAUGAGCCAACCCACACUGUUCAAAACUCACGGGAGAUUCUGCCAGAAGUGAUAGACACAGAUGACCUAUUUGUAGGGGACGUCGCUGAUGACAUUCCUGAAGAUAACCGUAUUGACUACAUGCUACCGCCAGCACCACGGAAAGGAAAGCGUCGCACUCUAGGAUCCAACAGGCAAAACGGAUCACGCUUUCAGACGUCCUCAAAGUCGAGGAAACGUCCACUGCACCAAGCGAGAAUAACAGAUACCCUGACAAGAUCACGCACUUCAGCUAAGCUGCCGGAAACCCGGCUUCCGCGAUUAGGAGUAUUAGAUGUAGCUGACGUACAAGACCAGCCAAUGCAGAAACAGCCACAAUUCCUCCGCGUCGCAGCACGACAAGCCCGAUCCCGCCGAGACCGUGGUCGGAAAAGCCCAACACGGACAUAUUUAAAACUUGGAACAAGCCGGGACACAGAAGAUGCCAAUAGAUCAUUAGCAGAGUGGCGGGCCGGUUUGCUUCAGCAGAGUAAAAUGACGGGAAGUCAUGCAACAAAGAUUUCACGACAGACACACACAAACUCUGUGGCAUCCCAUAACCACAUCGAGGCCAAUGAAAACAGAGUACAUCAGGUUCGGACCGGUACGGCAUAUCCUAUGCCCCGGAGUGAUGUCGAUGCUAGAAGCACCAAAAGCGACCUGAUCAGGCCUACUUUAGAAUUGCGCCCUACAGCACACCAAGAAGGCGCGAAUCCAUCAAGCCCUCCCCACUCUCGACGCAAGGUUGGCCAGCGCUGGGCAGUACGGAAAGGCGGCUAUGCGAUUUCAUCCCUUCGACGAAAUGCACCCAGACCGGCACAAUUGGACAUCCCUAUGUCGAGUAGCCGUAGUCUGGGUCAUGCAUCAAGCUUUCAACGUUCUCUUUGGGCACUCAAUUCCUUAUACCAAACCACGACUUCACCUCUAGGCCAAAAUACCGGCUUGCCGUUGGCAAGAUUUUUAACCGAAAAUAUGCAUCCACAGAAUAUCCGUCUGGCGACAUCCAAUGAGAAUUCCAACGCCCGUGAUGACGUCGUACCAUCUGCCGAAAACGGUCAGAUACGUCGCCCUCGCCAACGGAGAAAACGUCCUCCCCAACAUGUCAAUGUGGAGGAUAGUGUUGAAAAUCCACGGGCCGUUAGCGUUGAUAACCAUGUGGCAGAGAUCCCUUCCAGUACAUCAAUUGAAGGCAGCGAACGCCCUCCUCUAAAGGGUCUUAAAUCCCCGUCAGCGAUGUACACGAUCAAUUUUGACAUUUCCCCGCUCCCAGUUGGCACCUUUUUCCAUUCAUCUACAUUCAUUGGAAGUGGGGAUCUUUCACGUUCAAUGAAACUCUCAUCCCGUAAUCUAUCCCAUGAUAAUGGUCGUGCUGUGAUACAGUAUGCCGACCGAACCUACCAGUGGGGCCCAUGGAAUGAGACUGUAUCCUCGGAACUUGGUGUUUUGUUAGAUACGGUUUUAGGAGCAGCCAGCAAUUCCGAACCCUCAAGCGAGCGUAUAACACCUGAUUCGUUUUCGAAAAUAAGUCGGUCGUUAGAUAUCUUCCGUUCUAUUAUUACUUAUGUGAAUGACAAAUUAUAUUUUAUGGACUCGGUUGAUAGGUCGAUGUUUGUUGAUAGGUGCAUAGUUCUUCUAUCAAAAGUUUCGGAUAUGUUGCCAUUCUCGAUAACAAACAAUCCCUCUAAUUCCACCACAACUCCACAUCUCUCUUUGAAAUUGGAAGUGUUUACUUACGUAUUUUCUAAUCAAAUACGCCAAAUUGCAUCGAAUGAGCUAGUUCAAUCUAUCAAAUAUUUUGAAAUUGUCAGUAUCAUGACGACGAUUCAAAAUCGGAUAUUGCAAGCCGUUUUAAGCAAAACAGGAUUAGCAGAUAUCAGACAGUUUCUGGACAAUGUCAAAUGGCGAGAGAAGCGAGAACCUGGAAUCAAAGACGAUCAUCCUUUCUUGGAAGCAUUUCUCGUUGUUCAGAAGAUAUUUUAUACGGACCCCAUACUUCGUGAUACGAACCAAGACCUUCUUUCCCAGGCAGUAUUGCCUCCAUCAAGCUCACCCACGCCAGAUGACUCCCAUGAACUGGAGAAAUUAUGGCAUGGAGUAUUUAUGACGCUUCCACUUUAUGAAUUUGACGAGCUCGGAAUUUUCCACCCUGGCCAACGCUUUAAAGACUCCUUUGAUCAGUGGGAGACUAUCAAGCGCUUGAUAGUACCCGUCUUUGAGACUUACUCUCUUCCUUCAAAAAGGUCAUCUUUAGCCUUCAACAACUAUUGUCGAGCGCUAUUCCACCGCUGUUUUUAUUUGAUUGAUAGUUGGGGCUGGCGGCACAGCAAAGUUAUUUUGGACACGCUCUUCGAUUUUUUUGCAAAAAACUGGCUUUACAAUCUUAACCAAGAGCAAUCCCUCGGCUCACCAAGGUUUCUAGACGAACUUGAUCGCCAACCAAGACUGGAGAUGGAGCCUAAAGAUAGCUGUUUUCAUAUUCUGCUGAAGACUAUUGCCCUCGGCCUCAAGAAAAUGGCGGAUCUGUACGAUAAGAAAAAGAUCCGAAAUUUUGCCUGGCGCUUGUUGCCAAACCACGGCCGGGAGUAUCCAAAAGACCAACCUCUUCGCUUGGAGGAGCUUGAAGCCCUAAGAAAUCACCACGAUCUCCUUUGUACGCUCUACUGGGCUACCCCUGACACCUGUCGACCGCGAGUUGAAACUAUCCGUAACCUUGUACACCCCGCCACAGCUCAUAAGGAGGUCUGCAGCAUCAACAUUCGUUCCUGGCUGAGACUGGUUAAAUUCAAAUUAUCUACGGACGAAGAUAUCGAAGGAUUAAUACCCUUUGCCGAUUGGCAUGCUUCCUUCGUUGCUGACAUGUUGCAACAGCACUCCCAUGCUCGGACUGAUAUAGAAGCGCAAGUGGCUUCAAAUUCACUCUUUUCUCGCCAAACUGUUGAAAAGGCUGUUAUUGAGUAUCAAAAACCGAUAGAAUGUCUCUUGAGCGAUGCCCUGGUCAACUUGAAAAUUGCAAUUGAUGCUACAACAACUGCCGACCAAUCCAAGAUCCUCCUGGAGAAACUCCCUUUCUCCAAACUACUGGAGCUUUUCAACCCUAGGAUAACGCGCUUCCAUUCGCUCAUUUGUAAAGCGCUAGAUGUUGUGGUUGCUUACGCAAGUACUACCAUUAAAUCACGGAGAUUGGCAGGACCUGCUGAGACAUGUGAUGAUAGCCAAGAAUUUGAGGGUUGGGCGGUAUUGGCAGAGUUGUAUGAACAAGAAGAGACAGCAGCCGAGGCAAACCCACCCGUUGAGUACCUAAACAACAUCAUUCGCCCUUCGUUAUCUCGAUUUCUUUCUACCUGUUAUGGAGAAGACCACGCUCCCGACGACAUUGUGCUUCUUAAAGUCGUCGAUUCCUGGUCGUCGAUCGCUUACACUCUUGUGAAUAACGGGUUACGAGAAUGGAGCAGCUAUGUCAAUCCAUAUGGUGAAGACUCAUGGGCCUCAUUAAGAGCCACACAUCAAACGCGAAAAUUUUUGCCCUAUUUUCUUGCAAGCUUGAUCGAAAAGGACGCAGCAUUCUAUACAGAAUGCCAGUACCAGAUAUUGAACCACUGGAUCGAAUGCAUUGUCGAGAGGGGUUCGAUGCUCAAGUAUCAACACUCUUUGACCAAUGCCAUCAUGAACACCGAUGCCUCAAGUGCACUACUGAAGAAUCUCCCGUUCUCGAAAAGUUCAUUAAAGUGUCGGUACGAGAUUACUCUACAGGAAUUUUCCCAGAGGAGAUUGUCGCUUAUCUCAUGCAUUCUUUCCAACAUGCGGGAACAUCUAUCUGAUGCUGAAGAUGUCAGUGCCCAUGCUGUGCAAAAUACUAGGAGUCACUACCGCGGACUCAUUGAAACCCUAAUGAACACGAUGAAAUUGAAUUAUAAUGAAUUGGGCAAUGUCGAUUCCUCGGUACAUUCCUCAUAUGUGAAUUUUGUACAUGGCGUCGUUGCAUUUCUCCAGCAACACUCACAAAAAAUAUGUCUACUUGAUCCUUUUUUCACAAAUCCGAGCACGUUUCCUCUUCCUGUGAAUGAUCCUAACUACAUUGUCGGCAAGUUGAAAAGUUAUGCAGUUCGGCUCACAUCCAGCAAGGUUGCCAACGAACUCUUUACUUUUCUUCAGCAUGUAUCGGAGCGAGCGGCUGUUGACGGCCAACAGACUUACCUAGUUGAUCAGCUCUACUCAGUCAUGGCCGAAACUUAUGAAACAAAUGAACGCCACCAAUCCACCAUCCGUCUGUUCAUGCUCCAUUGCGUUCUCCCGGCUUAUCUGGAAAUAUGUCUUAUUGCUCCUGGGGCAUGGAUCCUGGUGCGGCCCCUGUUGCAGUCGCUAACGCGGAUAUUAAUGGGCUCGAUUUUAUUCAUCAACACAUGUGACACCAACAACGUCUCCACAUUUGUGGGGGCCAUGGUUUGCUACUUUGAAGCAGUGGACAGUGCUCUUCGUCUUUUAGUAGACCACCCCGGCCUACUCGACGAACCGCAUAUCAUCCUUACCGUCAUUUCCCUACUCGAAACAAUCAUCACAUCACUUCCUGCGAUCGACUAUCUUUAUCGAAUUUCGGACCAAGCUACCACGCUUGUCGCAUAUGUGGAUAUCUUCAAACAGUUUAUGCUUUUCGCAACGUCCACUCUCUUGAAUCCCGCUGACGCUGUCGCCCCACAGACCCUUGACAUGGUUCUCAUCGAGGACACUCAAAAAAUUAACGAUUAUCCCUCGCCACCGCCGUUCUUUUCAGAUGCUCGCGACUUUGCAACUCGUGGUCUGCAGUCCCGGUUCCAGGACGGCUGGACUUUUCAUAAUGGGAAAUAUUUCGUUCGCCCCGAGCAUACCCAUCAGGUAAAGGAGAUUUUCGUCAAUGAUCCCGCAUACACCUCAAUAGAUAUUGCAAAAGAGGCGUUUAUAAAAACUGUUGAAAUAUAUUUUGGGACUAUGGAAAGAUUGGUGACGUUUUCUUCAUGA